CUUAAAUGUUGUAUUGUUCAUGAUAACAUUAAAUUUAUUCAUUUUCUAAAGCUGUGACUAGCAUUUACCUGUGACUCGUAACGUGAAUAUAAACAUUGCUCAUUCCUAUUGUCACCCAAGUGCAAGUGCAAAUAAUAAACAAAUUUUAUUUAUAAAUAUAAAUUGUUAAAAAAUGUCUGAAGAAAUAGUUUUUGAUUGCCUGCAUGCUGAAAUUGUCAACUACUGUCUAGACAGCAGCAAGGAUCAACAUGAUCUGGCCACGCUUGAGUACAUUGGGUUUACAACCGGUUAUCGUCUAAUUGAGCGGCUGACACGGGAUGUGCAACGCUUUAAGGAUGAACUGGAGACUAUGAAGUUUAUAUGCACCGAUUUUUGGACGCUUAUCUAUAAGAAGCAAGUGGACAACUUGCGUACAAACAAUCACGGCAUGUACGUGGUACACGAUAAUGCAUUCCGCUUUCUGACACGCAUUUCACCUGGCAUCAAGCAGUUGGAGCAGGCGCCAAAAUUUGUUGCCUUCACUUGUGGCCUGGUGCGUGGCGCUCUCAGCAAUUUGGGCAUCAACAGCACAGUUACGGCGGAGGUGCAGACAAUACCAGCCUGUAGGUUUCACAUAGAGGUCAACAGGAAUUAAGAAAACAA